CGAAGUUAUCAUUAGGCAAUUCUCCUCGAGGUAACAAAAUUAGACUGUUGACGACAAAUUUAGUUAAUGACCAGAUGUGGGUGAAUUGGAAAAAAAAGUCACAAUUCGUUCCAGAGUGUCGCAGCGGCAAUAAACAAAUCGUUUGCUAUCGUGCGAUCGUAUCACCGUAUAAUGUUCCUUGUGUGUGCUUUUCUUUGAAAGAUAAACUAGUUUUAGUUGCAAACGUUAGAAAUUCUCCAUAUCAUAGAGACAAUGGAAACGGCUAGUGAAAGGAUAAGGAAACGAGCCGAAGCAGCAUUGGAAAUUGCGAAAGAUUUGUUAGAUGCCGAGGCAGACGAAGAUGAAGAAGACGAAAGUGAAGGAGAGGAUUGCCGCUCAGAUGACGCACUUGAAGGCGUAAUUGACGAUACAUUGGACGGAGAUGAGGCAACUUACAGUGAUCAAGAGCAUUUAUCUGAAACGGAAACAGACAAAGAAACAAUGAUCCAGAAACACAUUAAAGACGCAGAAACGUCACCAGAAAAGAGAAAAUGGAUUAAAACCUUAGCUGGUGUUAUAUUCCGUCCUAUAGUUUCCAAGUUUAAAUGGAACUUGAACGUAAAUCUAGAUGUACAGGCAUCUAAUCACAACAAAAAAUCGACGAAAAAGAAUUCGAAGCAGAAUAGGAACAAACCAAGCACUUCGGAACCAACGAAAGAAGAGACCGGGAACAAAAAGGAAAAAAGUGAUGAUGCCGUAAAGAUAAAAAAACUAACCAAAGAAAACAAACGUUUAGUCAAAUUGGCGGAUAUAUUCCUGAAUGAGUGUAUCGAUUUGAAAACCAAAAACGAGAUCCUUUCUGAGGAAGUUGAAAUUUCGAGACAAGAAUUGAUUGACGAAAAGAAAGAUCAUGACAAGAAAUAUCAGGAGCUUGUCGCUUCAACCGAAAAACGUAUAGCUGAAAUCAAAAGAUCCGAAGCGGCUUUCAUCGCGGCUCAUGCAGCAUUAACGAAGGAAGUUGAACGCUCGAGACAAGAAUGGAUUGACGAAAAGAGAGUCCAUGAAAAGAAAUACCGGGAGCUUGUCUCUACAUCUGAAAAACAUGUAGCCGAAAUAGAAAGCUCCAAAGCUGCACUCAGCGCGACUCAUGCAGAAUUAAUGAAGAUAACACAACUAAAUGCUGAAAAAACUAUGGAAUUGCAACGCAUGGCACAAGAUCACACAAUAUUAAUGGCAAAGUGUAAUAAUUUAGCCUCCGAGUUGUCAACCAGCAGAGAGGAACGCAACCGCAUAGAAGAAGACUUUCAGCAGCAAUUACAUAAGGUGGAGAACGAGAAAGUAUCACAGAAAAUGACGGAAGAACAAAAGAAGGGAUAUGAGGAAAAACAAGAACAGCAAAACCGCAAACACAAAGAUUUCUUUCAUUUAUUGGGUAUCAUUAUAGGGAAAAGAUCUGAAUAAAGUCGGUUGUUUUACACUUCUUUAUUUCACUGAUAUUCGCACACCUAAAAACCACACGUCUUUUUCCGUCUAUGGUUACCGAGA